AAUUCCCAAAAAAAUCUCCCAAAAAGUAUUUAGGGUUUGGCAACGCAAGUCGCUCUAUCUAAUCCUAAGAUCCUAAUCCUGUCAUAAUUAACUUUUUUUUUUGUUUUAAUUUUCGCGUUUAACCUUGAAUUCUCUGAGGCGUUUUAAUUGGGGGGUUUUCGCUUCGUGUUAAAUUAUGACCUUCUAGGGCUUUUGCUGUUCCGAUUGACCGUGAUUUCUCAUAUUGUGUUUCCUCUUGAGUAAUUUUGGCGUUUCAAGGGAGAUUGCUGCCUGGGUUUUGCUGAGCAAUAAUUUGGUGCCCUAGAAAGUUUGGAUUUUGCUUAGAGGGUGAUAAUUGGUAGGAUAUUUGGUUUCUUUUGGUUGAGUGUUCCGUUAAAUUGUCUGAUAAAGUCUAGCUUUUUGGGUUUUGUUGCCUGGGAUUUGUUCAGAACUAAGUAAGUAGCUAUAGAUGGCUACCGCCGGCGAAGAAGAUGUGGAGUACGACAGUGAUCCAGAGGAGGCGAAGAGAUCGCUGGCAAUGAGGAGGCGGGAAGCAAGUGAUGACGAGGAAGGUGAAGGAGACGGGAGAGACAAGGGGGCAGACCGUCGGGUUGGAAUCCAUUCGGAUGAUUCAGAUGAUCAGGGUGGGGUGGCGGAGUAUGAUGACGAAGAAGACUUGGAUGGCGAUGAGGAAGAAGAGUUAGAAGAGCUUGAUGAUGAGGAAGUUGUUGAGGAAGGAGACGACGUUGAAGAAGAGGUGUAUGAGGAGAGGGAGGGAGAUAGAGGAUUCCAUGGUGCUGAUGUUGAGGGUUCCGCAGGUAUGGUCAAAGAAUCAGAUGGGGGUGCCCGAGCUCCUUCGGAAGCGGAGUUGCCUUCAGAGAACAGGGAUGAUGAGGAGAAAAAGGAGAAUGAACCAUUUGCAGUGCCCACAGCCGGAGCAUUCUACAUGCAUGACGAUCGUUUCAGGGAUAAUGCUGGUGGCCGCCAUAGGAGGAUACAUGGUGGAAGGAGGCUGUGGGAGUCAAAAGAUGAUAAGAAAUGGGGGCAUGAUAAGUUUGAGGAAAUGACCUUACAGGAAAGGCGCUAUGAAGAGGGCCGGAGAGUCUCUAAGGGUAAUUUUCGAGGCCGUGGUAAAAAUCGAGUUGUUGCUCGUGGAGGAUUUGUUCGGGGGAACAAGAAAGGAUAUAGUAAUAGUGGUAAUCAAAGUCAGUUACCUAAGCGGGCUGUGCGAGGUAGAGGUUCCCGAAGGUAUGAACCCAUUAAUAAGAACAAUGGUCCAGCUUCUCAAACACAAAAUAAACAAUCUGAGAGGUCUCUUGAGAAAAAUUCGCAACUUAGUUCUGGGAGAACUAUGACGCCUGCUCCCACUGUGGAAUCUGAUUCUGUGUCACUCAGGAAACAAGCGUUUGCUUCAAACUUGAAUUCUGCAUCUCCCCCUUUUUACCCGUCAGGUUCUUCUAUCAAGGAGGGUAAUGUGACACCCAAAAGGGAUGUACAAGCUGGGAGCACAAGCAGGAAUGUUCGUCCUGGUGUUAGGGAUGAGGGCUUUUCAGUUCAACCCAACAGUGCAAUGCUGAGGGGAAAGAACAUUGCUGAUCCCAUCAGUAUGGAUAAGCUGUAUAUUGAUGAAUCCAUCAGUUCGGCUGCUGGAAAGCCUCUUAACAAUAUGCACAUACCAUCUUCUGGGGUUAAUUCUUCUCAGUCUUCUCAACCAAGGGCUCCUGGAAGGGGUGUAUCAAUUCCAGUAUCUAUGAAUUAUCAACCUGUGCCCUCCCUUAAUCAAGUACCCAAAGUUUCUCCAACACAGGCUACUCAUCGAAAUUCUACAGCAGGCCGAACUCAGUCUUCUCAGCAGGCUCCUACUCCACCAUUGAACCACCGACCUGGUAAUGGUUCUCAAGCUUCCUCUCCCCCCAAAACAUCUGUGGCUGUUAGUUCUUCUGAUUCUGGAGACAUGGAUGCUACUUCAGAAUCUGGUAAAUUUAAAGGUGCAAUAGUUGGGAAGGGAAAGGGAGGUGCUCAGAGUAGUGGAAGAGGUUCUUUUGUUUAUGGUGGGGCACAAGUUAUGGGGGCUUCUGGAAAUAUGAGUGCUAGUCCUGGAGAUCAGAAUUUCCCAGCUACCCCAGCCUUCUUGCCAGUUAUGCAAUUUGGGGCACAACAUUCUGGUGGUCUUGGAGUUCCUGCUGUUGGCAUGGCAUUCCCGGGAUAUGUUGCUCAGCCUCAACUUGGCUUGGGAAACAAUGAAAUGACAUGGCUUCCGGUGUUGGCUGGUGCUGCAGGAGCAUUGGGCACUACUUACUGUCCACCAUAUCUAGCUGUUGAUGGUGCUUAUCAUGCUCGGCAAUCGGGACAGACAUCUUCAUUGGGAACUCCGAGCAAAGAGAAUAAUACAAGUAAAGCUAAUAGCGAAUGGAACCCACCUCAAAGGACUGAGCUUGUAAAUGAUGAGUUUGGGCAAAGGCAGAAUAAACCACGCAGAUAUUCAGAGAUGAAUUUCGGCCAGUGAAGUAUUCUAUUUCUAUGUGACGCAACUUGUUUGAAUAAGCAGAUAAAAGGCAUCCUUCAGGCCCUUUGUUCUUUAGCUUUUGUUCUGGAGGACUUUGGGCGGCAAUAGGUUUCCAGAUUUUUUUAGUUAUAUAACACCUGCUCACGCUGUAUCACAGUUAAGAAGUUAGUACAGCUUGACGGGUGGCAGUUGCUUGUUAAUUGUGAGUUUUUCUUGCAGUUUGGUUUCUGAGUGAAGCUUGUGAGAAACAUAUGCAUGCAGGCUUUUCAGUAGAGCUCUAGGGGGAAAAUGAUAUUAUAAUGCGGCUGCUGAAUUCUACUCUAUUGAAGGUUGUUAUUAAUGGAGUAUUACUGAGAGAAAAUUAUAUGGAUUCUGACUUCUGAGAUAUCCUUAAUGUAUCUAGUCCUUAUUUUCCUUUUCGACUAAGUGGGGGAUUUUUAUUCUCAUUCUGGUUUUAUUGUUGUGACUUGAGACACUACUUCUUGGUUACAGUUAUCUCUUAUAAAUCAAAGGAGAAAGUAAUGGUAUUGCUAUCCGAGUCCCUUGAAAA